CCCAUUCCUUGUUCACUCAGACAGCCAGCCUAUUUUUAAGUUAGCACGGCCAGUGAAUGCCAGUCAACACUCUAUUCCUGUGGAAUCUCGAUGAAAUCUGGAAACGCCUUCCAAUUAGGCAACGGGAAUGUCGCGUCAAUGCUGAGAUGGAUCCCCGGGACGCCGCUGAAAAAAGGACUCGGCCGCCGUGGCUGGGACUGAAAUCUAAACCAGCGGCGCUGCAAAUUCCUCCUACCCCUCUUUUUUCUCUCCCUCUCUCUCCCUUGUCGCCAUUCCUGACUCACACUUGAAGUCUCGAGGCUUUAGAGAUCAGCCUUUCCUUAUUGUUUUUCCGACGUGCUUUCCCUUUCAAAAGCGGUUUUGUUUGCGCGAUGACAGGUUUCGGGGGCUGGUCAUGGUGUCCAGGGUGGUGCACUGGGACCCUCUCCACGCGGGCCUCCUCCUGUCACGCCUGAGUGAGCAGCACCUGGCUGCCGGGGCCUCCCCCACCCCGCAACACGUUCCACACUUCCACCAGCCGCUGCAUCAGUCCUCUUCCCCGCCAGCGGCUAACGCAACCGAUCGAUUCCCUUCUCUCUGGGCCGCCCACGUCUGGACUGACCCCACCAUCGCCGCCUGUGCCCCUCUUGAGUUCCUGGCACGCCAGCCUGCCUACGAUUACCACAACCCCAUAGGUCACUGUCGGAGGCGGAGACCUGCCUGUCUAACUGGGGGCUAGAGGAGAUGAAGGGCAAGAGCAGACAGGGAGGCUGGGGGGGAGAGGCCAUGACCAUGGAGGGGCUGGAGGACGCGGCCGAUGGGCCCAAGAACGCCAAGAUCACCCUCAGCUUCCCGCUCAGCGCCGCCCUGCCCGCCGCGCUCACUGUUCAGAACCACUGUCGGGCCGCCCCCGCCUCCCCUUCCCCCCGCCGCCGCCCUUCCUCCGCCAUGGCAGCCUCCAAGGCCUCGGACGAGGGCUCACUGUGGAAGCUAGACGCCACCACCGACGUGAAGCACCGGCCCUUUAAGCCGCCGCGGCACGACCAAUCUCCGUCCUCUUCCUCCUCCUCAUCACCCUCCUCUUCCUCGUCUCCCGUAGAUCUUACGGCACUGGUGAGGAAGGACAUCAAAUCUCCUCCACCGCUAAAAUGUUCCAAAGUCCAGAGUCCAGACUCUCAGUUCCACCGAUUUCCCGCGCGGCCCACUAACGGCUCUACUGGGGGCUACCUGGGGGACGGGAGGGGGGAGAGACACAGACUAGCCAAUGGCCCCGCCUCCCCUUCUGAGACUGCCAAGAUCCUGUUCAAUCUGAGCACUGUGCCCUAUCAGGGCCACAGGGGCGGAGACACAGAGAGGAAGGAUAGAGCCAGCUUACCGGGUAAACAAGGAGGGAGGGUGGGAGUCAGCCCCCAUGGACACAGCCUCCACCCGCCUCCCCUCCACCUCCCUCCUCCUCUACCCUCUCUCCCAACCGAAGCCCUUACCCCUCCCCACCACCCGGUCUCCUUCUCCUCCUCCCCCCCGGGUGGCCAGAAGCCAGAGCUGAUCUGCGGGGUGUGCCACCGCCUUUUCAGCUCCGCCUCCUCCCUGACGGUGCAUAUGCGGCUGCACCGCGGGGGACGCGCCCUCAGCUGCCGCCACUGUGGCAAAGCCUUCAUCCAUAACAAGAGACUGCAGUCCCACGAGGCCUCCUGUCGCCAGCCUCUGCCCCAGGCCGCCGCCCUCCCCCCCAGCCUGUCCCCCAGCCGGCCCCCCCUUCCCAUCCAGCCCAAAGAGGAGCCCUUGGAGGAGGGGGAGGUGAGGAUCGAGGGCGGCGUAGUCGUGGGGGCGGAGGGAGUGGAGAGCAGCGGCAAAGCACAGCUGGCCGAGAAAAAGGCUUGCGGUCUCCUGGUGGAUCAGGAGGCCGACGCAGAGUCAGGGGAGCUGCUUGUAGGAGACGAUAACCACCAUUUUGUGAAGGUGGUGGACGGCCACAUCAUCUACUUCUGCAGGGUGUGCGAGCGCUCGUACAUGACCCUGUCCAGCCUCAAGCGCCACUCCAACGUCCACUCGUGGCGCCGCAAGUACCCGUGUCACUUCUGCGACAAGGUGUUCGCCCUGGCAGAAUACCGGACCAAGCACGAGGUGUGGCACACAGGGGAGCGCCGCUACCAGUGCAUCUUCUGCUGGGACGCCUUCGCCACCUACUACAACCUCAAGACCCACCAGAAGGCCAUCCACGGCAUCAGCCCGGGUCUCAUCUCCAGCGAGAAGACGGCCAACGGCGGCUACAAGCAGAAAGUCAACGCGCUCAAGCUCUACCGCCUGCUACCCAUGCGCUCCCAGAAGAGACCCUACAAAACCUACAGUGACACGCUCCCCGAUGGGCUCCUCCUCUCCUCCGGAGACCCCCUGCCCCUCCCCCUCUCCCUGGACUGCGCCCGGCCCAACUCCCUGGGCCUUACUGGCGGCAUACACCCAAAAACCGUCAAGCCUGACCCGGACACUUUCCCCGACGGCUUCCCCGUCUCGAUAAGCUUGGAGCGGGGUGAGAUCUCCACACGUGCCCCCUUCCCUCAGACAGACGUGAAGAGGUGUGAUAGAGAGGCGUCAGAUCCGGAGAGAGCUAGCAGCAGUGGCGCCUCCAAAAUGGCCGCAAGCAGCAAGUCCAAAACACCCAAGGGUGGCCGCAGUACAGAACUGACCGGGUCCUCUGUCAUAACGUACGGACACUCUAAACCCUCCGUCAUAGUGCACGGCACUACCGUGUCGUCCUCCGUCAUAGUCCAUAGCAACCAGGUCGCCAAAAGCCCUCUGGGUAGCCCCUCCCCUGAAGCAAACGCUAGUCAGAUCCUUCCCAAGGCUGGGCCGAGGCCAAACAGAAACCACAGGGAGAGUACCGACAGCCACAGGAAGAGGUCCCGGGACAGUUCAGACACAGCAGAGGAAGGCUCCGGGAAGAGCCGACAGGAAGCAGAAAAUGGCCGGUCCCAUCACAAAUCGCGCAAGUCCCACAGCAGGAGCGACAGCUCCGCCUCCAGGCGCUCCUCCUCUCCUGGGGAGGCGUGCGGCCAGAGGGGGGCGGGGCCGCUGUGCCAGAUCACAGUGCGGAUCGGCGAGGAGGCCAUCGUCAAGCGCAGCAUCUCCGAGACAGACCUCCGGCGAGACAAGAGCCCCCACCCUCCCAAAACCAAACGGACCGAGCCGUCGCCGCAAGACGCCAAGGAGCCUCGUCAUUCUCACCACCACCACCACCACAAGCACCGCGGUCACCGCAGCUCCGGCCUUGGGGCCGAAGCAGAGAAAGACGUAGGAGGGGAGGCGGAGCCCAGGAGGAAGAGUCCCAAACCUCUGGGGAAGGUCAGGGAAUACUACUUCCGUCAGGAAGUGCGUGAACAGGAGGAAAGCGAUGACGAUGGGGAGGACAAUCUGUGGAGGCCCUACUACGCUUACAAGCCCAAGAGGAAGGGCCAAGUUCCUGUCCAGAAGACCAGGAGCUGGCAACGCAAGCUGCACCACAAGCGCUCCCUUCGCCUGAUGAGGAGGGCCGAGAGACUCAUGACCCAUGUCAACAAGGAGGCGGAGAGACCGGACGAAGAGGAGGAGGCGGAGGAGGACGAGGAGGAGGAAGUUGCAGGGGAAGAAAGAAAGGCAGAAGUGGGGAAGGAGGAGGAAAUGGAGGAAGAGGAUGGGGAGGUGAAGGGGGACGAGGGCAAGUCGGAAGACCACAUGCUUGAUGAGGACAGAAAAACAACAGACUCGUCCUCAGUUCCCACCAAGGAGAAGGACAAACAGUCGGCUGGUGCGGAAACGGGCGGCGAUCGUGCCACACUCGACGAACACCUUCUUCCUUCUCCUCCCAGUAUCCCCCUGUCUACCUCAGCCUCUCCGGUGGGAAUAAAACGGCGGCCCUGGUCCAAUGACAACGCCUCGGAAUGCGGUACUUGCGGUUGCUGGUUCUCCAGUCCGAGGAAACGGGACAAACAUGAACUGAGCCACCUGUUGGAGUUUGUUUGCCUGCACUGCCGGGCUCCCUUCCCCUCAAGAGAUAAACUGGAAGACCACCAGAAGACCCAGCACCCCAAAGCCUCAGAGCCCCAAUCCCUGCCGCCCAAAGUGGGUUGCGAGGAAACGGAGCCCGAGAAAGAGAGAGGUCAGGAGCAGAGAGAGAGUAGGGCGCUAGCAAAGAGCACGUCCAGUCCCGGUCGCCUGAGCCGGAGAGCGUUAGCGAGACACACCUGCCCCCAGUGUCACAAGGUGUGUAAAACGUCGUCGGCGUUGACUCGCCACGUUCGACGUCACGAGUUAAGCAGCUCUCCUGAGAGAGAAGAGACACAGCCAGAGCCAAACACAGCAGAGACAGCAGUUAGCCCUGUAAGCAAAGAGCCAGAUAGGGGUGCUGACCAGGUUCCCAUGGCCCAGUCUAUCCCAGUUAUCAGCUACUCUACACCCGACCCACCCAGCAUCAGUAGAGAGUGCUUAGAGCCCAAGGGGAAUGAGAGCGAGACUUGCGAGGUCAAAGCAGAACACCAAACCGUCAUCAAUCAGAUUCCACCAUGCGACAACUCAGAAGUCAAAGAACUCAGUGCCCCUGUCCUCGAGAGGGGGCCAAGUCCACACAUUAUAAAGCCUUCCCCCGACAGUCCAGCCAAACUUCCCUACCUUCCCACCCUUACCCCUUGCCGGCCCAAAUUAUUCCCCCCUGCUGCACCCCCAACCCUCCAGGGGGUUCUGGUCAUGAGUGGAUCCGAAUGUCUGGAUUUCCGGACCCCCAAGAAGAGGAACCUAGACGGACAGCUUAACAGGAUACCCAGCCCGGCAGGCCACACAGGGCACGUGAACGCCCCUCCAAACACGCCCAUGACCUGUCAGGCCCAAAUCAAGAGCGCCGCCCCGAAUGUUCCCAUGGCGACAGCUCCCAGCGUAGUCGUCAGCUGCGUGAAGCGGGAAGUCAUCGCAGAGAGGGAGAAGCCAGGGAAGCACGUUUUCCUUCCGGCCAGUUACGAGGGCUCGUCCUCAUUGGCUCAGGAUCUUAGGGUCAUGCCCCCGUCGAGGAGCCCCUCCCCUAGUGAAGCACAAGACCUCACCAUGUCCUCCAUGCUAGCUAGAGAGUGGGAGAGAAAGAGGGAGCUGGAAUUAGAGCGGGACAGGCAGAUGCAAAGAGAGAGAGAAAGGGAGAUGGAACGGGAAAGUCACAGGGAGAGGGAAAAGGAAAGGGAGAGGCAGAGGGAGAGGCACAGAGAGAUGGAGAGGGAAAUGGAGAGAGAGAAGGUUCAGCACACUAGGGGGUUGUGCCAUCCUCCCCUGGAGCAGACCAGAGACCCGGAAGUGACCCUCCUCGUACCCAAAGAGGAGCCGAUCAGCCCUGCUCCGUCCCCACAACGCAUCGCCACUCAAACCACUAGUAACAGCCCCCUCGCACAGAGACGACCCCCCAAGUCCCCUCGCCGCUCCCCCACUGCCAUGGAUCUGUUGGUCCAGGUCAACCGCCAGGCCCAGGCCGCCAAGGCUGCCCAGGCUUCGCACGCAACCCGGGGACCCGACAGGCUCCAACUUCCCACGGGGACAUCCGGCUCCAGCGACCGACCCUCGGCCCAUGCCUUGCUCCUCCCCCGUGCACCACUCCCCGAGCCUGUGAGCAACCCCAGGGACACCCACCGCCGAGAGGCCGAGGCGGGGGGCUACCCCGCCCAGGAGUUACCCUUGCCCCUCAUCGUUCCAGGAGGUUACCGCUCGGGGAAGAAACAGGAGGAGAACCUCCUGGUGUCCUACCCCACGGGGUCCUUUCCCUUUGGCCCGCUGGGGAAAAUGGUUCCCAAUGGGGAUCUGGCCAAGCUGCCCUUCUACCCCGACCCCUAUCACCUCCUGUAUGGGCCCCAGCUGCUGGCAUACCCCUAUAACCUGGCCGCCCUGCCCAUGGCCCUGAACAUGAUGGCUCCUGGGGCGGACAAGGUGGAGCCCCUGCCCUUCCUCCCAGCCCUCUUUAACUAUGCCGCAGCUGCAGGCCCUUACAUGGGCGCGGUACCCCAUCCCCUGGUAGCCAACCCCAAUCUGUAUAACAGUAAUGGUGGUGGCAGCAAGAAGCAGCGAGACAGCAGCAACGGCAAGCCGUAGCGAUACAGGAAAAGACAGGAAUAUUUCAAAAUGGAGGAUCUAGGGGCUUGUGAUGGAGGACAGGAUAGCGAGAGCCGCUUCUUGGGGUUACUGGGUACCCUUGUACUGUCUCCGCUGCCUCUCUGUUUGUGAUGUAGCAAUCAGAACUCGGCGCCGAACUAGGAGGGAGGGGGGGGGAGAGCGGGAGGAGAGGAAACGGAGGAAUUGGGCAAGGGAAAAGAGGAGUGAAGAUACCAGACAGAUACCUACAGUAUACAGACAGAUACACAGCGACUUAGCAAUCGCCCUCUCGCUUCCAGUUCACCCCUCUCUUCCGUUCUCCCGUCUUUUCUGUGUUGUAGUUCUAGAGCUUGAUUAAUUGUCCUCUCUCUCUCUCACUCGUUAUGGUAAUAUGUAUAAUCUAAGAAUAAUAACUGCUAACAGGGUGUAUGUUUUUUUGUUUUGUUUUGCUAAAACCUUCUCAGUCUGCUUCCCUUUAUAUCGGGCACAUAAUGAGGACGUCAUCUCUGCAGGAACGAUGUUGUGUUCUAAUCUAGACAGCGAAAGGGAACCCGAAUGAAAAGUCCUCGCAUGACACAGUCAGAGUUUGAGCAUUAACCAACAAUGCGUGUGUUGUGUGCAUGCGUGCGGGAGGGAGACUGCUUGUGCAAACAAAUGCACUCAAGCUGUCUGUGAGAGGAAAACGUAAGCCUUUACGUGAACAGUUAGCUUGUCUGUUCGUGGACCAUAUAUUUGGUCUGUAUGUGAGUCCCUUCAUACUCGCACCACACGUGUGUGCAUCAAAAGCCGCCGGAUGUAAAGGCAAUGAUCAUUCCGUUUGGUUCGGAGGCGAAAAGCAGCAUUCCUACAACACAUGGUCUAGCCGUUGUAGGGCAGUGCAUAUAAGUGCAAUAGAAGUGAUUCUUCCGGAUCCAAACCACCAAGUUGAUGGUUUGAGUAGAGUUUUUACAUGUGACACUUGACAGAUCCAGUGAGUGUGUAAUAUCGGAAACGAACCCCAAACUUUGCCGUUCAGUGUGACAUGCUGUCACAGUUUGCCCAAGGCCCAUCAUGUAUCACGUUAGUUUUCACCUUAGCAGCAUGUGCACACACGAGCUAGAAAGGCUUCUAAGGAUGGCGGAAGCUUGACCCACUUGUAGCUGAUUUGGACAUGUAGCUGGCCACUGGGCAAGAAUAGUAGGCUAGUAUAGAGACCAUUGCACUUCCAGUCCUCCAUGUACUCAUCUCAUUUCUUCCGAGGAUAUAAAAAAGAAGAACAGAAUAAAGUCAGAGAACCUUCAUCUUCAGUGGCCUUUUCCUCUCCCUGGCUCCCCCUGGUGUGCACCAAAGACACACUCUUCUAAGCCAGGUUGAAGAGAGUGAGAGUGAGGAAGGGAAACAGUAAAUGGAUUCAGGGUAGGGUCAUUUCUGUGAUAUUUGUAGAGGGAGAGAGGGGAAGCCAUAGUUAGGUCAUCGCCUGCCCUCCAUGGGGCCUCCUAGAUAGACUGAAAAUGGCAGCUCUCCUCUUACUGAGAGGACAGGAAGACGCGAAUAUCAGGACGCCGAGGAGGGCUUGGAGGUUUGCGUCCAGGCUCUCCUCUCUUUAUUCCUCUCUGAACAGAGAAGUGGGGAACGGUGUCUCUCCCUCUCAGCUGGGGAGUAAGACAGGGCGUAGCAGCCAGUCAUGGUGGUGUCUGAGAUCCCCAAAAUGUCCAGGACUUUUGUUUUGUCUCUCUGUACAUUUGUUUCUUUACUUUUUUUUGGUUACACUGUUUUUUGUUUUGAUUAUAUUACACUUCCCCCCCUUUUUGCAAGAUGGACGUGGCCUCAGCAAAAGGGAGGGUGUUGAGUACUCUUAAAUAUGAAUGUAAUUGUAGUCAUGAGGUUAAUGAAGUACAAACUGCAUUAAAGGUAGACGGAUUUCUGUUUUUUCCGACUUGAAAAAUAACCAGUUAAGUAACCGUUAUGAAGUCUGAUAUGCAUAUAUACAGUAGUCCUAGGAACAUGUCAAUAAACUUGGGUUCUGUAUCCACAAAGCAUGAGCAAAACACGCUUCCUAACAGUCUAUAUCCUCUGGUGUCAACAAACUCUCACUUUGUCCGCACAAUGUCGGUUUCUCUUUCCUUUCUGCUUUUUUUCUCUCUUCAUUUUCUUCUCCUCUAUCUCGAUCCUCCACGUCUCUUUUGCUUCAUUUGUUCUGGGGUCUGGCAUAGAACCCCCCCCCCCUUCAAAAAGAGCAGUUGUCACCUUUAUUUCUCACAGUCACUAUGGGAGCUGUCCAGUUACUCCCCCCUCCAAACUCUCAAACUCACACACACACUUUACACUGCCUCUUUGAAGUGUGAAUGUGUGUGUGAACCCCAACACUGUUCGUUUCAGGCAGGAGAGCAAGAAAUACCACAGCGUGACCAACCACAGGGGCUCAUAGGCCUCUCCUUCGAUGUAGUUGCGAGCCGUGUGUGUGUGUGUAUGUGUGUGUGCAUGCGUGCAGGUGUAUGUAUGUGUGGGUUUGUGUGUGUGUGUGGGAGUGAAGGAGUGUUGGGAAAAAAAUCUGUUUGAAAAAGAAAACCAAAACAAAUCUGCCUAAGCAGAAUAUCCCUUGGGGGCAUCUGUUUUCAACUGACUUUUUCAAGGGUUGAGUUUCAAUGUAGCCCUCUUUGGCCCAGCCUUGCUGUAAAGACUCCACAUAUAACCUACCUUAAGCCAUUUAUAAAUGGAUACAUAGGUGUUUUUGGACCAUUUCUUAUGCCAUAGUUUGCCGUCACAGACCAAAAGCAAGUAACUUGUUGAAAUAGAGCGAAUGACCUGGUAUCUGGUGGUGAUACACAUAUAUUCAUAGUGUUUAAUUCAUAUGAAUGUGCCUCUGCUUUGAUAUUUACAAUAUUAGCAACUAUAGAUUUGGCAGAUUUCAACUGACAAGGUGCCUUUUAAUGGCAUAAGAAAUUGAAAUAGUUUGUAGGUGAAUGAACUAAAUGGCAAACGAUUCGGAGAAAGAUCUUGUGGCUUAGUUUACUACAGUAUGAAGCUGGUCAUAGUUUUAGGGGUGUGGCUAAACUGUUUGGUAUUGUGUACAUGUUUAAGUAAUACUGUGCCAUAGAGUCCACAAAUAUUUUAACUGUUAUUUUUAAAAGAUGUUAUAAUGUUGCUUGAUGACUUUGUCUUUAGAUUUGAUACAACGGCUUGUAGCCACAUCUACCCUUAGUCUGUUGUCUAUUUUCUUCCAUUUUUAUUUCACUAUUUCCUCAUGUUCCCUUGUCUCCUCCUCUUUCUCCCUGCUGCAAUCAAACAAAUAAAGUAUUAACCUGAUGACCCAACAAA